GUUUAGGUACUGUUUCCUUGGGAAGUUGUUUUGUUUUUUCCCCCAUAUGAAUACUCAGUCCUUCCAAAAAAGCAUCUUAUGCCCAUCCACGGACUUCAGCUGCAGUAAAACCAUAGGUGCCCUGAAUGAUUCGGAAGUGAAUGCCUACAAGCUGAUGGUGGAUCUGACUCCAUCAAGUUCAACAGAACACACCAUGUUAAACCUUCCGGACCCCUUUCCAACAGCAGACGUGCCAGCCCAUGCACAUUAUACCAUUGGAGGUGUCAUUCUUGCAGUGGGGAUCACAGGGACUCUUGGUAACCUCCUGGUCAUCUAUGCUUUCUGCAGGAGCAGAGGCCUUCGAACGCCUGCCAACAUGUUCAUUAUCAAUCUGGCAGUCAGUGAUUUUCUCAUGUCCAUCACCCAGUGUCCAGUUUUCUUCACCAACAGCCUCAACAGACGAUGGAUAUUUGGCAAAAAAGGUUGUGAACUAUACGCUUUCUGUGGCGCCCUCUUUGGCAUUGCUUCUAUGAUCACUCUAACAGUGAUCGCCCUCGACAGGUAUUUUGUGAUUACACGACCCCUGGCCUCCAUUGGAGUAAUGUCUAAGAAGAAGGCUUUGCUAAUCCUAUUAGGAGUCUGGCUGUAUUCCUUAGCUUGGAGUCUCCCCCCUUUCUUUGGAUGGAGUGCUUAUGUUCCAGAGGGCCUCCUGACUUCCUGUUCUUGGGAUUAUAUCACCUUCACCCCAUCGAUUCGUGCCUACACAAUGCUCCUCUUCUGUUUUGUAUUCUUCAUUCCCCUGAUUGUUAUUAUAUAUAGUUAUGUGUUCAUCUUCAGAGCCAUCAAGAAGGCCAACAGGACCGUUAGAAGAAUCAGCUUGGACAGUGGCAAAGAAUCUCAAAGAAUUUACCAGAAAAUUAAGAAUGAAUGGAAAAUGGCCAAAAUUGCCUUGGUUAUAAUCUCAUUUUUUGUCAUCUCCUGGUCUCCGUAUUCUGUGGUCGCUCUGGUGGCUUUUGCAGGGUACUCCCAUCUUCUCACACCUUACAUGAACUCAGUCCCCGCAGUGAUCGCCAAGGCCUCUACCAUCCACAACCCAAUCAUUUACGCAAUUGCCCAUCCCAAAUACAGAAUGGUGAUUGCACAGUUUCUACCAUGCCUUGGAUUUCUGCUUAGAGUUUCCCAUAAGGACUCCAGAUCUUUCAGCAACCCCUCCACCAGACGUCCCACAGUCACCAGCCAGUCCUCUGAUAUAAAUGGGUUGCCAAGAGGACACCGAAAACUAUCUUCUGUCUCAGACAGUGAAUCUGAGUGGACGGACACAGAAGCUGACUUGGCCAGUUUGAAUUCCAGAGGUGCCAAUGGGCCGGUUUCUCAUGAAAUGGGUGAAGACACGGCUGAAACAAGUGACAUCAAAGUCAAAUCUAAACUGAGAAGCCAUGAUUCUGGGAUAUUUGAAAGGACUUCAGUGGAUGCAGAUGACAUUUCCAUGGUGGAGGACUUACAUUUUGGAGCUUACAGCUUUGAAGACAGCCUGGCAGGUGAAGAUUUGAAUGCUUUUGGAUGGAGAGGGGAAGACUCUUAUUAUGGACCAUCUACGGCAGCCCAGAUACCCAGCAUUGUUGUGACCUUCAGCAAUGUCCAGAGAACAGACCUGCCUUUGGAAUCCAAUUCAGAUGUGAUCAACUCCAGGACCAGUGGCUAUAGCUGGGAGAGAAACUCCAGCACCCACCUAGAAUGGCUGUGUCAGGGUAGUGCCUUAGCUCCUACCUCAGGAAAAAGUAUGUGUCAGCUUAGUGUAGAAAAUCUUCCAAAACUACUUUGA